CUGGGACAUCCAUAUGUUAGAUUGGUAUAGCCGUCCUGUUUGGAUGUCUGGCAAUAGCUCAAUCCUACUGGAGAAAGGGAGGAAAUAUUAUACGGAUGACUUCACGGUGCAUUUUCUACUUUUUCUUAUCAAAAGUGGUGAAAAGACAAAGGUCAGAUCACCAAACCUUUUAAUAUCCAAGGGGAAUUUCAGCCACAAUACUAAAGGUGGAAUCUUUUUGGGAGGAGACGAGGCAGGAAUGGUAGAAAUCCAACACACGGAAGUACGAAACUCACCCCAAAAUGGCCUAUCGACAGCAUUUUCCUACGUAAACAGUUUAAAGCUGCUUAAUUGCCAGUUUGUUGGAAACAAGAUUGGAAUCAGACUCUCUUCUUUUUCAGGUAAUGUUAAUGUCGAGAGUUCCAAGGCUUCUAAUUCCACCGAAAACGGACUUUAUGUGGACACGAACGGGGAAAAAUCAAUCUAUAUUGAAAAUGGUGGUGUUUUUUACAGCAAUGGAUAUGGAGUUUAUCUAAGAGGUAGUUAUACGAAAGUGAAACUUUCUGCAACAAGGACUUUUUUCGGAUGGAAUAAGGCAUCUUCAGUUUAUUCCCGAGUUUAUUACGGUUGUAGUUUGCCUUGCUCAUCCCAUACCAUUUUUACAAACUGUACAUUUUAUGCCAACCGAGGCCCUGUAGUAGACAUCAACGAGUCUCCACACUCUAAUCCAUGGCAAUUUGACGGAAACUUUUUCCUAAAUAACACUCAAGGUCCUGUUAUUUUGACUACGAAGGAUACGCGCGAUUCCUACACUCCUGAACUAUUUUUGAGAAAUAACUACUUCUUGUUUAACUUCUGCCAAGAUAAAAGCGUCAUAGACAUCAAAGGAGGCACAAAAGUCUUGAUCAUGGAAGGAAACGUCUUUGAAAAAAACUAUGGGAGAUCUAUCUUUUUAGAAAAAACGUCUCCUUCCGGUGCAACUAUAAGGAGUAACGUCUUCACAGACAACAAAUGCUUAAACAGUGGAGUCAUUGAAAUUCAGAGGAUGGAUAAAGACAUCUUAAUUGUUGACAAUACCUUUAAGUUGAAUAAAGGACUGUCUAUGGUUUUUCUCCACUGCGAAUACGUUGUAGAAGGCAACACGCCCUCUGGCAUGAAGAAUGUAACGUUUUCGAACAAUUCACUCAUUAGCAACAUAGAUGUAUCAUUAAAUUCCCCAACCUGUGAGGUAAGAAUCUCCGGGUUUAUAGAAUGGAGAACAUUUUUCGUGAAUAACAACAGGUUUAGCAGCGUUCACUUCUCGAAAGAACUUUGCGUAAACACCUUUGCAUCCUCGCAUAGCAGUGCAAUUCAGGCUUCCUUAAACUUCUGGGGCUAUGAUGACGAGGAAAAAAUCAAGGAGAGAAUCUUUGAUGCUGAAGACAACUACGAACACACAUUUGCUGAUUUUCGUCCCUACAUUAGCAGUGCAGGAAACACAGUGGAAGGUUCGCCAGAAAAUAUGACCCGUAGUGGGCUUACGAAAAGUUUUCUGGGAGGAAGGAUAUUAUCUAACAUUCUUCUAAGAAAAGAGAAAAGUCCCUAUACAGUUGUGUCCGAUGUCACUAUCCUGCCCGAAGCCUCUCUUACAAUUAAUCCUGGUGUUGAGGUGCAAUUUAUGCCAGGAGUAGGCAUAUUGGUCCUUGGUUCAAUCUUUGUACGUGGAAAUGGGGAUCAACCUAUCCAAUUUUCUCUUUCAAAUACGAAAAAGAACAUUUCUUUAAAAAUAAGAUUAGCUGGAGGGAAGUUUCCAUGGGAAGGACGUGUAGAGAUACUUCACAGCGGGAAUUGGACCCCACUGCAUUUAAAUGUGACGGAAGGCAAUAAAGGGAAUGUCACCAAACUGGUAUGUGAACACCUGGGUUAUAAAGCACCACUGUCUAUCCAUUAUUCCCCUUACCAAUCUCUCAUUGCGUGCGAUGCUUGUGCCGCUCUUCAUUGUAAAGGAAGUGAGGUAGAGUUGACAGAAUGCACGUUAUCUUUCCACAAACUCAGUUGCAACACGUCGCACCGUCUUGUGUUAAACUGCGGUGGAGGAAGGCCUUGGGGAAAUAUCAGAUUUCUUCGCGAAGCCAGGGACACGCCAAACCUGCCAAAAUCAAGUUUAAAGCACCUGAGGAUUGUGCACUGUGGCGUGAAACAUGGCGAAAAAGUCGCUGCUAUUGAGCUGAUACAAUACGUUCCAGAAGUAAGCAAUGUGACUGUUCUUAAUUGCACAUCAGGUGGUAUCAAGGUUUGGUUCCCAGAAAAAGAGGUCACUAUAAGGAAUAGUUCCUUCGUGAAUACCGGAGGAAAUGGAACUGAUCUUAUCAUUACGAAAAUAAACAUUACACUUGAAAACGUCAAAUCGAUGAAUAACGAGUUUGGACUGAGUUUUCGUGAAGAGUACGGUGAUUGGAUUAAUGGUAUUUCAUACGGGCAAAUCAAUCUGUGCUCCCCACAAAAAGUGGUUAACAUCACGGAUCACGAUUUAUUCAUUUACUUUAGAGCAUCAUUUCAGACUUUUUCAAAUCUAAAGGUAUCCUGCAAGAUAAAGAUUCAAACAGAGGGAGAUGCCGGCUUUGCUAUUCAACUACUAGUGAUGCGAAGUUCAAAAUCUAUUGAGAUAGAAACUCCGCACGGACGUAAAAUCUCAGGUCAAUUUUCAAAGCGAAGAAUGAUGGGGUGGGAUUCUUUUACAGUCAACUUCAAAGGAUGGUACAGUAGCGAAAUGCUUUUGAAAGUUCAACGAGUUGAUAGCAAAGAUAUACCUUGUUCUUUUGACCAUGGAUUCUGUGACUGGAGACGCUAUCCCAAGUCACGUUUCAGGAACAAUACUCUGACUCAACAAUGGCAUCAUGGCUGGGAAAACUAUGGUUAUGACCACACCUAUUCAAUGUAUGAAGGGAGAAUACUAUGGAUUGAGGCCAAAGGAUCCUGGAUAUCUGGCUAUGGUGCCUUUGCCAGCCCAUCAAUAAUCAACGACAGCAACUACUGUUUUUUGGUGUUCUACUACAAGCUGGAUGCUUGGGGUUCCCGCAAAGCAUCGAUAUCUGUCUAUUUUGUGGAAGAUAAUACUGAUAAGUCGACACUCCUGUGGUCCACGAGCGAUUCAGUGAACGAAUGGGAAAAGAAAGUGAUUGAGCUACCCAGUGCUAAUGUCAGUUACUCAAUUGUGUUACUGGGAUAUGUGGAGUCCUGGGGCUACGUUUUCAUCGACGACUUGGCUUUCGUUCGUCGUGACUCGUCUGCUUUCAUGCACCAACUAACCGGAAGCGUUUUCAGCGGAAACGUCAAGCAAGGUGUACGGUAUACGUCGACUCAGAGUGAAAGAAGAAUUUUUAGACUAAAACGUUGUCAAGUAACAAACAAUGGUCUAAAUCCAGUCCUUAGCGGGAGGCCGUCAGGUGCUAUUCAUUUCACUGCUGUUAAACAAGAGUUUGAAAUAGUGAAUAACUACAUCGCCGGAAAUAAUAACGGAGGUAUUUAUUGUAGGAUAUUCAAUGAACUGUCCACGAGUAGCCUACCAGUAAGCCAUAUCCAUGCUAACACCAUUGAGAAUAACAAAGGUGGCAUAUUACAUGUAGAAGGCGUUUCUGAGCCCUAGAUGAA